CCUGUUUGACUUUGCCAAUCCGCAUGGCAAAGACAUCCGGCGAGGGUUUCACAUCGAAGGAGAACCUGCCUGGGACAUAAUUAAGGUCCCCAACACACACACGCAUAUAUAUAACACAACGAUAUUAUAUUACCUACUCUACUAGCUACCCCGAUCCCUCUGUGCCACCUGUAAAUACCCUAUAUAUAUAUAUAUAUAUAUAUAUAUAUACACACAUAUAAAAUAGAACAUUAAUUGGGCGAGCACCUUGCCCUGUCUCUCUCUUACACAUAGACAUAAUCUAAUAUAUUUUUUAUACAUUAUAUUAUAUUAUACACCGUACAGGCUGUCCCACCCCCCUCUAUGCCACCUGUACACAAGCUGUAGAUAUAUGUGUAUAUAUAUUAUAGGACACUGCUCGGCUAUCGUGAAGGACCUUGCCCUCCCUUUGCGGUUAUAAACAUACUUACUUAAACACGUAUAUACAUAUCUAUUUACACACACACACUGUAUAUAUAUAUACAGAGAGAGAGAGAAGUAUUAUUGAAGUUGUGUGACGUGGUGGCUCUCAUCCUUCGUCAUGCUUCGACCCGGCCUUCUCAAGAUCUCGGGUGCCAUAUGCACCGUGUGUCGCAGAUUGAAGUACACGGACAAACUCGGAGUGAUUGGUACCCGGCCUGACCAUGGGUCCUCCGACUACCAGAACAACUAUUCCAGCAUGAAGGAGCAAGUGAACUUAUUGAAAUCGAGGAUUUCCAAAAUCGUUCAAGGUGGUGGAGAGAAGGCCAGAUUACGACAGACAUCUCGUGGAAAGAUGCUCCCCAGAGACCGUAUCAACACAUUGCUAGAUUCUGGGUCUCCAUUCCUAGAACUGUCACAGUUGGCAGGCUAUGAACUGUAUGGCAACGAAGAAGUCCCUGCUGGUGGUAUCAUCUGUGGUAUAGGACGUGUCUCUGGUGUUGAGUGCAUGAUUGUUGCCAACGACCCCACAGUGAAAGGCGGCUCCUAUUACCCCAUUACAGUGAAGAAACAUGUCAGAGCACAAGAGAUAGCACAACUGAAUCGCCUGCCCUGCAUAUACCUAGUUGAUUCUGGUGGUGCCAACCUACCUCGCCAGGCCAAUGUGUUUCCGGACAGAGACCAUUUCGGUCGGAUCUUCUUCAACCAAGCCAACAUGUCUUCACUAGGAAUUCCACAGAUUGCCAUAGUCCUGGGAAGCUGUACGGCUGGUGGUGCCUACGUCCCUGCCAUGGCUGAUGAGAGCGUCAUUGUGCGUAAACAGGGCACGAUAUUUUUGGCAGGCCCACCCUUGGUGAAAGCUGCCACGGGAGAGGAAGUCUCCGCAGAAAACCUUGGGGGAGCAGAUUUGCAUUGUGGAAAAUCUGGUGUGACUGACCACUAUGCCCAAGACGAUGGCCAUGCCCUACACAUUGCUCGCAGGAUUGUCUCCAACCUGAAUUAUAUGAAGAAGCCUAAUGUGACCAUCACUGAGGUAGAGGAACCUGUCCAUCCAGCUGAUGAACUCUAUGGCCUUGUGGGUAGCAAUUUGAAGAAGAGUUUUGAUGUCAGAGAGGUGAUUGCCAGGACUGUGGACGGAAGUAGGUUCGAUGAGUUCAAGUCCAUGUAUGGGGAUUCCAUUGUCACUGGUUUUGCACGUAUCUGGGGUUACCCAAUUGGAAUCCUUGGAAAUAAUGGAGUCCUUUUUUCAGAAUCAGCCCUAAAGGCAACACAUUUCAUUGAGCUCUGCUGCCAGAGAGGUAUUCCACUCUUGUUCUUACAGAAUAUCACAGGUUUCAUGGUCGGCCGUGAGGCAGAGAUUGGAGGAAUUGCCAAAAAUGGUGCCAAGAUGGUAACAGCUGUGGCCUGCGCCAAAGUACCCAAAAUUACAGUCAUAAUUGGUGGCAGUUACGGCGCAGGAAAUUAUGGAAUGUGUGGACGAGCUUACAGCCCUCGUUUCCUCUACAUGUGGCCCAACGCCCGCAUCUCGGUGAUGGGAGGAGAGCAAGCUGCCAACGUCCUGGCACAGAUUACAAGAGAACAGAAGAAGCGGGAAGGCAAAGAGUGGUCAACAGAAGAAGAAGAGGCCCUGAAAGCACCUGUGAUCCAAAAAUAUGAAGCUGAGGGCAGCCCUUACUUUUCCAGCGCAAGACUCUGGGACGAUGGUGUGAUAGAUCCAGUGGACACUCGAACCGUUAUUGGUCUCAGCCUAAGUGCAGCUCUCAACUCUCCGGUCAUGCCAACCAACUUCGGAAUCUUCCGGAUGUAAAUUAUGUAUUUCAGGUGGGUGGGGGGACUGAAACCCACAAAAAAUGAAAAAAAAAAGAAGAAGGGGAAGAGGCACAAAUGAGUGUAUGUUUAUGUGUAUAUAUAGGUGUGUGUGUGUGUGUUGAUGCAGUAUAGACCUAUUUGUAGUAAGAUCGUACCCCUCUCAAUCUGACCCCUUUUCUGUCUAAUCUAAUCAAAAAUGGAUAUCUCGCUUUGCUUCAGAAUUAUUGUUUGGGUCACAAGAUCUUUAAUGGCUUUGAAUAGCAGAGGCAUGAACCUCGCUACUUCCCACGUCUUCUCGCACCUUCCAUUCCUCCACCACGCACACAUUCCCUGGCCAGUCCUCACCUUCCCGUUCUUUGCCGUUGCCACCACGAAAUAAAGACAGUGUGUGAUUUCAGAUGUGAUAUGGCUGUUGUUUCUAGCAGAUUAUGUAACCAUAUAUAGCCUACUUCUUUGGGGUUUUUUUUCAAAAAUUUAUGACAUCACAAGGGUGUUUAUAUUUAUGACAUUACUGGUGUAUUUGUGACAUCACAGUUCUGUUUUGAUAUAGGACCCCACUGGUUUUAGCCCUUAGUGUAUAAACCAGCCAUAUCUAGCCCCAGUAUUCCACCUGUCUUAAGUUCAACAUUUGUCCUAAACCAGGACUGCCAUGUUAUGUUGGCAAACAGUCUUUACUAUGAGGGUCACAACCUUUCCAUGUGAGAUGUCAUAGCUAUCUUUACACAACAACUAGUUAAACAAACACAUUUAGAUUCCAAAGGUCAUGACCAGGAUUUUUGGAGCUGUGACCCCACCUUUAGAAUAUGACCUCAUAUAAGAGGUCAUUAUGAUCUUUGUGAGGUUAUGACUUUGUUUUGAAGUCAUAAGUACAUGCACAAAGUCAUAAGCUUGUUUUUGCAGCUAUGACCUCCAUGUCAUUUCAGUCUAUGCCCCCCAUAUAUGAAGUCAUAAUAUCAAUCAUAAAGUUAUGAUUUUAUAUUUUAAAAUUAUGACCUCAUGUUACAAGUUAUGAUCCCAUGCAGGGGUCACCACUGCAUGCAUAAGGUCCUAUGUCUGGACCUCUGACCUUGUACAAAAGGUCAAUGUAUUUGGGAUUUUUUUUUAUUUUUCUUAUUUUAUUUAUUUAUAUAUUUUAGUUGGUUUUUUUUAUUGUUUUUGGAAACUUUUCAAUAAUUUUGCAGAAUAUUUGUUUUUGAAUAUUGGAAUCGGGUCAGAUUGAACUGGGGUCCCCUAGGUUAUGGGUGCUAAAACUCAUGUUAAUAAUGUUUCUGUUAUUGCAAAAGGGAAAAAAAAAAAGAAAAUAAAAAUAAAAAACUAGUAAAUAAAUCACUUGACAUAUUU